AUGCCAAAGAAAAGCUCUCUCAAGAAACGCUCCACGCGGGAGGUUGAAGAGGAAGAGAUCGUCGAGGACCUUGAUUUAGAUGUGGACGGCUACAAUGUGAAAGACGAGGAUGUCAUCCACAACCGCCGUGGAAAGACGAGAAGGGAUGAACAGGAGGACCUGGUGGCCGUGUUGCCCUCCGAUGCCCAUAAGUUGGAGGGCUACGACGACGAUGAUGACGAACGGGGUGCUCACUUGGAAGAAGAGGCCCUUGCACUGAAGGCCAACAAGAGCAUGCGGCAGAGAGUGAUUGAGUCGGACUUUGACGUUGGCGGCGUCUCGACUGCCGUGAAGCGAAAAAGAAACGGAGAAACAAACACCGCGCUCAAUGUUACACCUGUCGUUGAGGCUGUGGAGCGUGAUUACGCCGCCCUCUCCUCUUCGGAGCGGAUGUCUAUUGUGCAGAAGGAGUCUCCGGAACUGGUCAAGAUGCUGGAAGAGAUGAAUCAGUAUCUGGCUGAGGUAAAGGCGUUGGCAAAACCUUUGCAGGAGUUAUUCUUUCAGCGUCGAUUGUCCGACGCCGAUCGCAAUCUGGUUCAAUUCCUAGAGACCAAAGUGCAGUUGAUGCUCAGCUAUUGCAUGCACGUCACCUUUUAUUUGCUCCUUAAGACGGAAGGCAAGAAGGUCUCAGGGCACCCUGUUAUUGACAAUCUGGUGGAGAUUCGUGUAUACCUUGAAAAACUCUUCCCACUCGAGGAGAAGUUGCAGUACUCGUUGAAUCGUCUUCUUAGCGGUAAAACGGCGGCCGCGGCUCGCCUGGAUACCCUGCGCCCGCUUCAGCACGGUGAGCGUGAUGCCCUUGCGACAAACAAGGAGGCGCAGAAGAACCGUAAGCAGCUGGAGGCGAUGAAGGAAGCAGAAGAAAUUGAAAAGGAGGAAUUGGCAACCAUGAAUCGCAUCCGAACGAAGAAGUCUGCAGCAAUUAACGACACUUCUACCCUCGACCGCAAGGCGAUGGUCUCGGCGCUUGGCUACCGCGAGGACGAGGAUCAGUACUUUUCCAAGCUUGCGGCUGGUAGCGACGAGGAUGAGGAGGUCCAGGGGCUAUCACUCAUUGAGCGACUUCGGAGGCGGCAACGCUCACUCACUGAUGACGUGGCAGGAAGUCCCAAUGGUAGCGACGAUGACGAGGAUAGUGGCGUUGUGGUUGAAGAUGACGACGAUGAGGCUGCCAGCGAUGAGGACGAACUCCUCAGCGAGGGCGAGGGUGGAGAUGAGGGUGAGUACGAGGUGCUAUUGGAGGAGGAGCAAGAACGACAGAAGCGUGCGAAGACGGAAGCGUUGCGGCCGAAGCCACAGUUCGUGGAGCCUGAAGUGGACCGCCGUAAGACGAAUAAGAAGAUUGAGACCCACCGUGGCCUUACAAAGUCUCGUCCCAAGGACCGCAAGACACCUCGCACGGCGCAGCGGCGCAAGUACGAGAAGGGCAUGCGCAUUCACAAGGCCCAGACCCGCAGCUUCCAGCCUGAGCCUGAAGGCGGGUUCAUUGGUGUGCCCUCCAUUAAGUCGAAGGUCACUCAGAGUGUUCGGUUUUAG